AUUUCUCUGUGACCCAAAGUUCAGUGAUGAAGAAGAUCUGGAGGAGAAGUUGGCAGUGUUCAAAGAGAAGUACAUGGAGUUUGACCUGAACAACCAAGGCGAGAUUGAUUUGAUGUCUGUCAAGAGGAUGAUGGAGAAGAUGGGGGCUCCGAAAACCCACCUAGAGCUGAAGAAGAUGAUCUCUGAGGUGACCGGAGGAGUUAGCGAGACCAUCUCGUACCAGGACUUUGUCAACGUGAUGCUUGGGAAACGCUCUGCUGUGCUUAAACUGGUCAUGAUGUUUGAAGGAAAAGCCAAUGAAAGCAACCCAAAACCUUCUGGUCCGCCUCCAGAGAGAGACAUAGCCAGCCUCCCUUGAAGAGGACAGGCUGAAAAAUUGGCACUGUUUGCUUUGCUGGUCUGUAACAGAGGUUACCUGUGCUUUGUUACUCUUUACUGUGGACAGUCCUAGUUUUCAACUAACCUGCCUUAGAGGAACAGCAAGGGAAGCUGGAGACUCCCAGCUCGUGUCUUUCUGCUGCAUCCCUUAGCCAACUUGAUUUGUUAGACAGAAGCUGUAGCACCAAUUGUAAUGUGAGACCAAAAAAACAAAA